AUGCUGAACAAAGACCUCAACAAGCCGGCGGAAAACCAAUCUCGUUUCGAUGAGACAAACACAAGCAAACGGGUUCCUUCUUCUAACAAGCAAACUUCGCACAGUAUUCAUCCAUAUGGCGAACAAAUCAUUAUUUCUUCUUUGAAUGACCAAGGCCUUGAUUCAAGGACGUUUUCUGAGAAAUGGAGUCUUAUCGAGAAGAACAAAUCAUACACUUAUGCAAGAACUCUCCAGCCAGUUCCCCGCCAUUUGAAAUACGUCAAAGUCGAUUUUGCUCCGAUGGGGCUACCACUGAGUGAUUCGUCAGCUCCUCUAGAUCUCACAAACCAGCCGAUGCCUCCAACGCAAAAAGGCAUGCUGUUCUAUGAUGCCCUGGAGUACAACCCGGAAGGACCCACAGACGAAGCUAUUUUGCUCUCCGUUUUGAACGAGGAAAUUGAAAAGGAAGAUGAUUCUCAGGAUCAGGGUUUCUUCUAUAACAUUUGGCUGUUCAUAUGUAUUGCGAUCUUGGGGCUAAGCCAAGACCAGUACGUCCUUCGCUAUCCUUGGUUCACCUUCACAUCUGCCAAUGGCAGAAACCUGGACGCCAAUAGGCGUCAUGAAGCAUAUCAAUCUGGAGGCAAGUACAAUCUGGAUAUACUGGGAUCAGGUGUUGCUGAGAAGUCGGUAAAAAGAGUCACAAAACGCUAUCACAAGGGCAAAACCGCGCGUCCCUUUGUGCAAAGUUCCCUGGGAGCAGCUGAUUCGAGCACAGAUGGCUUUGAGAUGCAAAAUUUCAUUCCUGACUUCCAUUAG